UUGGGUCUAGCAUUUUUGUAAAAAUAAACAGGGAAAUUGCAAGAUCACACUGUUGCUUACCGCCAUUUUUGUUUCUCGAGAGCUGCCAUAAAACAUCGAAUCGAAUGCUCGAAGAUCACGUUCCCAAUUCCCAACCUAACAACUCUCUCUCUCUUUCUCUCUCUCUCUGAAUUCACACAUUUAUACAAAUCUCUAUAUCUUACAAGGUCGAAGCACAAAUAUAUGGAGGAAGUCGACGAAACAGAAGCUGUACCUCAGGUCUACAUGGCUUGCAUUGUGCAUGGUCAUCGAUUGAUAUACCUUCGAGUAACAGGGAUGGAUGAUGGGUUAAGCAUCAAGGAGAGAAUUUGUUUUCUGAGUUCUAUGAUGGACAUCAGAAGUGAUGUCCAAGUUCGUGUGAGUGGAGGGCUUCUGGCCAUAUUGGAGAAUGAAAGGAUCGUAGAUACAAUUGAACAAAAAGAAUGUGGGAGUGCAUCAAUUACAAUCGACUCUGUUACGGAGAUUUCUCUAAACAAGUUUCUUAAAGUUGAUGCGGCUGCUCAUGAGGCAUUGCAAAUAUUUCAAAUAGACAAACAUCCAAGCCAUAUGGGCAUUGGCAGAGCAAAAGAAGGGUUCUCUGUGUUUGGGAUGAUGAAUAAGUGUGUAACGCCAAUGGGUAGACGUCUCUUGAGGAGCUGGUUCCUGAGGCCUGUACUAGAUCUUGAUGACCUUAAUAGUCGUCUUAAUGCUAUAUCAUUCUUCCUUUGUUCUGAAGAACUGUUGGCUUCUUUACGGGAAACCCUGAAGUCGGUCAAGGAUAUCCCCCACAUACUCAAGAAAUUCAACUCCCCAAGUUCUGCAUGUACAACUGGCGAUUGGACAGCUUUUCUGAAGAGCAUCUGUUCACUCCUACAUGUGAACAAGAUAUUUGAAGUCGGCAUUUCUGGAAGUCUUCGAGAGCAAAUGAAAUAUUUGAAUUUGGACAUUGUUCAAAAGGCUGGAUCAUGCAUUUCAACAGACUUGGCUUAUGUACAUGAAUUGGUGAUUGGUGUUAUUGAUGCAAGUAGAAGUAAAGACAAGGGCUAUGGGACAAUAGUGAAAGAAGGGUUCUGUGACGAGUUGGAUGAGCUGAGACAAAUAUAUGAGGAAUUGCCAGAAUUUUUGGAAGAGGUAUCAUCAUUGGAACUUGCUAGGCUUCCUAUUAUGUCUGGAGACAAGUUUCUUACAUCAAAUAGGUUGUAUGCCAAUUGGGAUUGCUAUGUCGGUUACUUGAUGUGUGUUUUCGAAGAAAAACUUGAUGAAACCACACUAGAAAAUCUUCAAGAUUUUGAAUUUGCUUUCUCAGAUGAAGAUGGAGACAUGAAAAAGUUUUUCUAUCGCACCUCGAAGACACGAGAAUUGGACAACCUUCUUGGAGAUAUAUAUCACAAAAUCCUAGACAUGGAGAGGGCAAUUACGGGGGACUUGGUGUCACAAAUUCUUCUAUUCUCAGCACAUCUUCUCAAGGCUGUGAAUUUUGCAGCUGAACUUGACUGCUUUUUAUCACUGGCAUUGGUUGCUCGUCAAAACAAUUAUGUGAGGCCAACUUUGACUACAGAAGACUUACUUGAUAUACAGAAUGGAAGACAUGUUUUGCAGGAAAUGACUGUAGAUACUUUCAUUCCCAAUGAUACUAAGAUUCAAGAUGAUGGAAGGAUUAAUAUCAUCACUGGCCCCAAUUAUUCAGGGAAAAGUAUCUACAUAAAGCAGGUCAGUAGUUAUUAUAUUUCUCUUGAUGGAACCAACAGGCUCUCCUUCACUUUCUUUUUCUUUCUCUCCUUUGAAUGGAUUAUUGGCAAUGAAGAUAGCAGCCUGAUUGUCAGAAGACAUACUCAUAGGAGUGGGAACAGAAAAGCCAAAAUCUUGGAGAAGAGACUGAAUCCAGAGCAAUGUUUUGAAACCCGGACUGAUGGGAAGGAGGUAAUAUUAGAGCUUGAACUGAAACAAGGGGAGCAGUAUUCUUGUUUCCCAAGAAAAGAACAAGUCGGCCAUGAAUUUAUCAACCUCCGACCAAGUAGGGACGUAGCUGUUCUUGACUUCUCCUACAAGUUUGGCACUCAUGUCAAUGUCAAACUUCGCCUUCCUGCUGUCUUCAAUAAAUUUCUUCAGCCUGUAACAGUGUCUGCUGAAGAGUUCUUCCCGCAGUGGAGAUCCCUUGCUGGACCACCUUUGAAACUUCAAGAAGUGGUUAGAGUUGUUGUUACACAUCAUCUUUCGGAUUUAGUUUCGAAUAGAAAUUUACCUUUUAUCAAACCCCACUCGGAUUUUUUAAUUUGGUCUUGCAGGCUUGUUCCUGGACAUGCACUUCUUAGCUAUGGGCUGCAUUGUGCACUACUUGCUGGUGUCCCAGAGGAAGUUAUAAAGAGAGCAGCGUCUUUACUGAAUGCUAUUGGAAAUAAUAAUCAUGUUGACCGACUGUGCAAUGAUAAAAUAUCAGCUCAAGAUCGACAAUACAAGGUACUUUCUUUUUUCUUCUGAAACUAGUUUUGUAGUUAGAAUAAACUCAGAAAUUUCCAUGUCACCUUUCACAUGAAUCAUUGUGCGCGUGUGUAAACCAAAUGCAGGAUGCAAUCGACAAAAUGUUAUCAUUUGAUGCUUGUAAUGGCGAUCUGAACCUCUUUUUCCAAGAUAUCUUUCCUUCUUAGAUUCAUUGAUUAGCUGGUUCACAUUCAUAGGCAUUGCAAACUGUUGCGAACCGUCAAAAACGGCGUUGACAAAGAGGUGAGCUGCUGCUUCAGUGGGAUGGUAGAGAUCCCAGAAGACAUGAUCACUUCUGUUGGAGCAGUACUUGGCAACGGGCACGCAUGGAACUUGGGCUCUCAGGUUCCCCAACCCACAACAAGCUGAUUGAACCUCAAUAAAACCUGAAUAUUUGACAAAAUAUUGUGGUUAAUUGCAAUAAUUGGAGAAGAAUUCCAAAAAGAGUAAGUUACC